ACGGGGAGCAAAGGGUUAUCAAAGUUGUACGCCCUGCUAGACGAGUGUUUAAAAUAGUAAACUUCUUCACAGGUGAAUUAACCAAUCAGAGAAUAAAACACCUUGCUCUCAUCCAAUCACAGCCAACUUCCUGCAAUACGGACGUUGUUCCAAAGAUGGCUGCUGCAGUAACAGUGAAGGAGAAAAGUCCAUUAGUGUUUGAGAGAACAAAAUAACUUUGGAAGGAUAUCAACAGCUGCUCAAAAGACACAUAAGACUCCUGGUGUUCAUUCUCACUUCAACCGUCGGUGUCAAAAACCAGAGCCCAUCUCCUGGUGGUGGCAACCUGCUGAUCUCUGCAGGUGUUGCUGCGCUUUGCUGUCACUCUGGCAGUGGACGGUUUCCAGGUGGGAACUCCCAGCAGCACCACCCUGGCUCCGCCUGCUUUUCCUCGUCUCUGCGUAUGAGUGACCUGAAGGCGUCGGGAAGAAACGGCCCCGCUGUGGGCUCCCCACAUCUGGACGCGCUGCGGUGGCACUGAAGGCCUCUUGCCAAGUGUCUAUGACAGCUUGAGAAGAAGAGCAUGUGGAGUGGUCGGGGUUGCCAUGGCGACGCAGGACAAGAAGCAGGAGGCAGAUGGUGUGACUCGUGGCCUUUCCACCAGCCAGGCUCUGGUGAAGCUCCGGGACCAGCUGAGCAGCCUGCUGGAGCAGCACCAGAGAGCCACACGGAGACGGGUUUCUUGGCUGGAACAAUGGCAAAAUAGCUUCAUAUACCAUGGCAACCGGCAGUCCUGUCUCCACUGGCCAGGCGGGGCUCUGACUCUUCUGGUGGUGGUGGGACUCCUCUGCUGCCAUGGCAGCCAGCCGAAGGGCAGCUCUGGUAUAGAGAUGGUGAAUUCUGCAGCCCUGCUCAUUCUCUUCGUGUUUAACCUGCUUCUGGUUGGACGCCAGGAGAGGCUCAACAAAACAGAGAUGGUGCGGCGCCUCAAACGCAUCAUCACACAGCUCAAUGAUUACCUGUCAGGGUGUGUGGCUGAAAUUCAGUGGCCUUCUUCUCUUUACCCUGACCUCUACACGCCCUCGUCUCCAUCAUGGUCACUUCACUGGACCUACCGGGACUCCCAGCUGGUUAACCUCCCCAUCAGUCUGCUGGUGGAAGGAGACAUCAUUGCUCUCCGACCUGGCCAGCAGGCGUUUGCAUCUCUCAGGGGGGUCAAGGAUGAUGAGCACAUAGUGUUGGAACCAGGAGAUUUAUUCCCACCGUUAUCGCCUCCCCCUUCGCCUCGGACUGAGAAGAGAGGCCCCCAGAGCCCCCAGCAACACCGCCUCUUCAGAGUGGUUCGGACUCCAGUGCUGGAGCCGGUCAGGAACGCUUUGGAGCUGGCCCUAUCCCGGCCAAUCACAGUGCUGGAUAAUGAGAGGUUUACUGUUCAGUCCAUCAUCACGAAGCUCGUCUGUCCUGUUGUGCUGGUGGCGUUCCUGGUGGUGAACACAAUUCGCUUUUUCUGGCAGGCCCCCAGCAUCACUCCUCCCUGCUACAACUUCCUUCAGCUCCAGCUCAUGGCUGUGCUACCCAUCCUGCCCCUGCUCUUCCCUGUCAUGUGGGUCCUGGUGAAUGCCUUUGGAGAGGCCAGAGUCCUGUCCGAGUUCAGUCGCGCAUCUCCAGCUGGCUUGCUUGCUAAGUUCUCUGAGGACACUCUAAGCAGCUACACCGAAGCAGUUUCCUCGCAGGAUUUGCUGCGCUGUGUCUGGAGACACAUGGUUGGCGUGUUGAAGGGAGAAUCUGAGACUCUGUGCUACACUUCCAGCUUGCUGCACACUCUGGGCUCCGUCACUGUGCUGUGCUGCGUGGACAAGCAGGGCAUCCUGUCAUGGCCAAACCCGAGUCCAGAGACGGUUCUGUUCUUCAGUGGGAGAGUGGAACCGCCUCACAACAGCCAGGACGACCUCCGAGACGACCUGUCGGAAAACUCCUACUGCCGGAUGGAGAAUGAAGAUGACCGGGAUGAGGCUCAGGAAGCAGAGACUCUGCUCUGUCCCCCGGAGGAGCCCGCCGUCCACCUGGGGGACGCACCCGAGCCCAGUGAGACGUCACAUGACGACGCUCGCCCGUCUGAGACGGUCAGACUCCGACGACCUGUUCAGCCCACAACACAUUCCCGGACCAAACAUCACUCUGGAUCCAACGUCAGCUUCAGCCACGACACCGAGGGAGGCGAGGAGGAGCAGGAUUUUGCUCUGGGCUGCCCAGAAGCCGAGGCAGAGGACUUUGUGUGUGACUACCACCUGGAGAUGCUGAGCUUAUCACAAGACCAGCAGAACCCGACCAGUAUCCAGUUUGACGAUCUCUCCUGGCAGUGUCACCUGCCCUCUCUGAAGCCACUGGGCCUCAACAUCAUGCUGAACCUGUGCAACGCUGGGGUCACCCAGCAGCUGUGCCGCUUCUCAGACCAUCUGUCCAACCUGGCCCUGCAGGAGAGCCACGGCUCCGUGCUGCCCGUCUACGUUCCCUGGGGCCUCUGUGAGCUCUCCAGGCUGAUAGGCUUCACUCCUGGAGCCAGAGAGCUGUUCAAACAGGAGAACCACCUGACCCUCUACCAGCUGCCAUCCAGAGAGAAGACCAAGGAGUUCACCUCCCGCCGCCUCCCAUCCUUCACCAAGCGCCAGCCCCCCAUCUCCCACCUCAUGUCCCUGUGUGUGCGAGACUCCUCUUCCAACAGCGUCCAGAUGCUGUCGCAUGGUUCGGCUGACCUGAUCCUAGAGGCCUGCACUGACUUCUGGGAUGGAACUGAUAUCUACCCCCUUUCAGGCUCAGACAGGAAAAAGGUUCUGGACUUCUACCAGCGUGCCUGCCUGUCAGGCUACUGCUCUGCCUUUUCCUACAAACCCAUGCAGGUGUCUCUGUCCGGCCAGCUGAACGGGAAGUGUGUGGAGCUGGCCUCUGGUCCCUGCCUGUUCUCCGGCGUUGAGCUGCCCUCCACCACGCCCAUCAAACACAACUUGUGCAGGAACAGCUGGAGCUCAGAUGAGGGGAUCGGAGAGGGAGCGGAGCGGGAGGACUGUGUCCAGGCGCUGAGUGGACAGAUCUUCAUGGGGAUGGUGUCAUCUCAGUUCCAGGCCAAGCUGGACACGGUCCGUCUCAUCGACGCUCUGGUCACUGCUUGUAUCCGCUUUGUGUAUUUUUCCAUGGAGGAUGAGCUGCGCAGCAAGGUGUUUGCAGAGAAGAUGGGUUUAGAGACAGGCUGGAACUGUCACAUAUCUCUGACUCCAAACGGAGACGGCCCCUGUGAGGGGGCUCCGUCCAGCCCGGGACACGGCUCCCUGCACGAAGACCUCCACCAGGACUCCCGGGACGAGGCGGAGGGUCCGCUGCUGCAGGAAGAGGAGGCCCAGUCCGACCUGGCCAGCUUCCAUCCCACAGACAGCGACGUGCCAAGCUUCCUGGAGGAUUGUAACAGAGCCAAGCUGCCUCGGGGGAUCCACCAGGUCCGUCCUCAUCUCAAGAACAUCGACAAUGUGCCUCUUUUAGUGCCGCUCUUCACCGACUGCACCCCCGACACCAUGUGUGAGAUGAUGAAGAUCAUGCAGGAGAACAGGGAGGUGACCUGCUGUCUGGGAAGCUCCGCCAACUUCCGCAACAGCCGCCUCUUUCUGCAAAGCAAUCUCAGCAUUGGGCUGGACCCUCUGUAUCCGUCUCAGUGCUCCUGGGAGACCUUUGGCUACGCCACAGGAGGAGGCUUCAGCGGAGAGGCUGAAGGACUCUCUCCUCUCAGACUGUCGGGACAGCUGAACAGCCUGGGCUGCUCCGUCUCCUUCCACCAGGGAAACAGCGUUAGCUUGAUUAAACUCAUAGAGCAGGCACGACACACAACGUCUGGUAUCCGCAAGUGCUUUCUCUUCCUGCUGCAGUGCCAGCUCAGUCUGGUCAUUCUUCAGUUCUUGGCCUGCCUCGCUCAGCUUCCUCCUCCCAUGAACACCACUGACAUCCUCUGGAUGUCCUGCUUCAGCUGCCCUUUACUCAGUGUGUCACUGUUGGGAAAGCCGCCGGACAAUUUGGUUAUGACAGUUGCCACAGGGAAGAACCUGGAUUCAAUCCCAAAGAAGACUCAGAACUACUUCCUGGGCUGUUUCUUGUUGAAGUUCGGCCUCUCGGUGUGUGUGUACCUGCUGGUGUUCGGCUUCACCCUACAGACUGUGUGUCCUGUUGGCACCAACCUCACUCUGAGUAACAACUCCAUAACAUGCAGCUCCAUAUUCACAGCCAGCUCAUCAGAAGAGACUCUGGAGUGGUUUGGUGAUCUGUCCAACGGCCUGCUGCUGACCCAAAAGCUCAUGGCUGGUUUUCUAGUGCUACACACAGUGGUGAUCUCCCUCAGCUACGUCCACCGCUCCCAGCCUCUGUGGAGGAAGACUCCCUUCAACAACACCUGGUGGUGCCUCACUGUGCCAGUGGUACUGCUGGGCCAGGGCGUUCAGGCCACGGUGGACUACCAGCUGUGGCGGGACCAGAGCAGCCCUCUGACCUUCAGCCUGGCCAAAAUUCCCCUGGAGGUGUGGCUGCUGGCCUCCCUGUCCCCGCUGCUGGUGGUGCUGGUCAACGAAGUGGUGAAGCUGCAUGAGAUACGGGAACGGGUUCGGUACCAGAAGAGACAGAAGCUGCAGUUUGAAACAAAACUUGGGAUGAACUCUCCUUUCUAAAGCCCCUCUCCCUCCUCCACUCCUCCCCGCCGUAUCAGAGGACAAUGAUGUUCUGGCAGCUCUGGGCGCCGGCUGGUUCCCUCCAGAAACCAGCAGCAGCCUUUCUGCUCCCCCUGCAGGGAGGAGCAGGUGUCAUGGAGGACGGUGACGCUGGUUGACCUGCUGCUGCAGCUGCCAGAGCCGGGACUGGAGCUGGGGUCAGGGCCGGAGCCGGGGCCGGAGCUGGGGUUGGAGCCGGAGCCGGGGACGGGGACGGAGCUGGGGGCAGAGCUGGGGGUGGA